AUGGACGACACCCUCAAGUCGCUGUCCAUGGACUACCUCAACCUGCUCAUCAACGGCCAGGCCUUCAGCGACGUGACCUUCAGCGUGGAGGGCCGCCUGGUGCACGCGCACCGCUGCAUCCUCGCCGCGCGCAGCCUCUUCUUCCGCAAGUUCUUCUGCGGCGCCGCCGCGGACCAGGCCGCCGCCGCAGCCGCUGCCGGCUCCCCCGGCGCGAUGCUCAUGGACCACCUCAGCCCGCGUUCCCCCUCCGGUGCAUCCGCCUCUUCCCCGCGCGGCGCCGGAGGCUCCGGUUCCGGCUCGGCCUCCGCAGCGGCGAUGGCGCCCGGCGCCGUGAUACCGGUCAACUCGGUGAGCUACGAGGUGUUCCUGCUGCUGCUCCAGUUCCUGUACAGCGGGCAGGUGUCGCUGGUGCCGCAGAAGGGGGAGCCGAGGCCCGGGUGCGGCGAGCGCGGCUGCUGGCACACCCACUGCGCUGCCGCCGUCGACUUGGCCCUCGACACCCUCGCCGUCGCCCGCUCCUUCGGCGUCGAGGAGCUCGCCGUCCUCACCCAGAAGCAGCUGGCGGGCAUGGUGGAGAAGGCGUCCAUCGAGGACGUGAUGAAGGUGCUCAUGGCGUCGCGCAAGCAGGACCUGCACCAGCUCUGGAACACCUGCUCCCACCUCGUCGCCAAGUCCGGCCUCCCGCCGGAGGUGCUCGCCAAGCACCUCCCCCUCGACGUCGUCGCCAAGAUCGAUGACCUGCGCCUCAAGUCCUCCAUGUCCCGCCGCUCCCCCUUCCUCGCCCACCACCAGCAGCACCAGCAGCACCACCACCAGGGCUCCGUCAUCGAGGCCUCCGCGGCCGAGCUCGACGACCACAACAAGAUCCGCCGGAUGCGCCGCGCGCUCGACUCCUCCGACGUCGAGCUCGUCAAGCUCAUGGUCAUGGGGGAGGGGCUCAACCUCGACGAGGCACUCGCGCUGCACUACGCCGUCGAGAACUGUAGCCGGGAAGUGGUCAAGGCGUUGCUGGAGCUGGGCGCCGCUGACGUCAACCACCCGGCUGGGCCCGCCGGGAAGACGCCGCUGCACGUCGCGGCCGAGAUGGUCUGCCCGGACAUGGUGGCCGUGCUCCUCGACCACCACGCCGACCCCAACGUGCGCACCGUCGACGGGGUCACGCCGCUCGACAUCCUCCGUACGCUCACCUCCGACUUCCUCUUCAAGGGCGCCGUGCCGGGGCUCACCCACAUCGAGCCAAACAAGCUCCGACUGUGCCUCGAGCUCGUGCAGUCGGCGGCCAUGGUCAUGUCCAGGGAGGACGCGGCCGGCAAUGCGCAGGUGCCCAUGUACAGCGACCACCAUCCAGGCGCGGGCGGCGGUGGCGUGUACAGCAGCAGCGGUGGCGCGAGCACGAGCAUGAACCUGAGCUUGGACAACAGGAUGGUGUAUCUCAACCUAGGGAUGGACGUGAUGAACCAUGGCGACGGCGGUGGCGACGACGGCGGGAGCAGAUCAGGGCAAGGAGGCCCCUCUUCGUUGUUCUCCCCGCAUGGCUUCCCAUGA